AUGGCCACUGAAAUUGAUACCUCGUUGUCACGAAAAUUAUAUUAUGCCAUCCCCCCUGCCAUUGCGGGCUUUGCCUAUGGCUGGGAAAAUGCCUCCAUGAGUGGAAUCCUCACCAUGACCCAGUUUCUGGAUUAUUUCCACACUCCAUCUGCAUUCCGACAGGGUGUCAUGACCGCCGCCUUGCUGGCAGGUGAAUUCGGAGGCUCUCUCAUGAUUGGAUUUCUGAUCUCCGAUCGCUUCGGUCGUCGGAUCACCAUUUUGGUAUGUGUCUUGAUCUAUCUGAUCGGACAAGCCAUCAUUGUCGCUUCCCAAAACCAAGCAAUGUUCAUCACUGGACGAGUCGUGAAUGGUUUAGGAGCGGGUGGUCUAUUCCAGACAAUCUCCUUAUACACUGCCGAAAUCACACCACCACAAAUCCGCGGUAUGAUGACCUCCAUGAUGAGUCUGGGUAUCGCAAUGGGUCUCCUCGUCGCGUACUGGGUCCAGUACGGUGCCAAUAACAUCCAGGGCACUGCAGCAUGGCGCAUGUGCUAUGCUCUGCAGCUCGUCCCUGGUGCAAUCGUCGGUGCUAUCAUGAUCUUCCGUCCUGAGUCUCCCCGUUGGCUCUUUCGACACGACCGCGCCGACGAAGCCCUACAAGUCCUCGCUACGCUCCAUGCAAAUGGUGACCAGAACGCUCCUGUCGUACAGUCCGAGUUUGAGGAAAUCCGCGUCGUUGUCGAAUACGAGCGUGGCACACCUGCCCCUUCAUACCUGGCUCUCUUGACUAGCAAGCAGUACCGUCGCAGAACAGCCUUGGCUAUGGGUCUUCAGUUCAUGCAGCAGAUUACUGGUGUCAAUAUCAUUCUAUACUAUGCUGCGAAGGUCUUCGCGCAGACAGGUCGCACAGGUACGCAAGCUGCAUUGCUGUCGAACGGUAUUGAGUCCGCGUUGUUCCUUGUUGCAUCAUUCUCGUUGACGAUGCUCAUGGAUGUAUAUGGUCGUCGAAAGCCGCUGAUUAUUGGUCCCAUUCUGAUGGGUAUCUGCAUGAUCAUCGUGGCCUCGAUGUUACUUGGUUAUGGCUCGCCUUACUUUGAUAGCGCGACCCAGGAACUAAAGUUCAACUUCGUUGAUAAGAACGCUGGUAAUGCGGCGGUGACUUUCAUGUUCCUCUACAUGGUUACCUUUGGUGCGAGUAUGGCGUCACUUCCGUGGACAUAUCAGAACGAGGUCUUCCCGAUCAAUGCUCGUGGUCGAGGUACUGCGCUCUCAACCUCCGUUAACUGGUUUGUUAACUUUUGGUUGGGCCUGUACAUGCCCACAGCCUUGAAUGAGGGAUCUUACAUUGUUUACUAUACCUUUGGUGGGAUCAAUAUCUGUAUCUCGUUCGUGGUGUACUUUUUCUUCCCUGAGACUUCACGACGGACACUGGAGGAGCUGGAUCUUCUGUUUACGCCGAAUCGACGCAAGCUUGUGUUUUUGGAUAAGGAGGCUUGUCAAAAGGGAACUCUGCUGAAGCAUGGCCUGGAAGAUGGGGCUAGCGCUGCAAGAGAUCUGGAGACUGCUUUGGUUAUGGGCGCGGUUGGCAGAGAGAAAAGAGAGAAGCAAGUUGCUUUACAUGACGAGUACGUCGAGUGA